UACGUUAUAUACCGCAAUGUCACAUGCCGUUUCUCAGCGGUUUAGCAAUUAUUUAUUGUAGCCCUUCUUGAAACAUUUACACAAUAACAGAUGCCACUUUGGUGACUGUUUCUUUUGUAGGGACUUUGUCAGUGUAGACUUAACCUAACGGAGUAAGUGUAGAGUUGAUGGCUUGGCCAUAAUGUCCCGGUAACACUUCCGUUUAAACUGUUCACAAAUGUCAUGCGAUUGUGAACAACCAGAAGCCACAGCGCAGCGGUAGUUUUGGAUUUGAAGAUGGGGGACGAUUUAGGUGAUGACUGGUGGGAACAAAAGGGAAAUUCGGAUUCCCCCGUGGGAGAGGAGAGUGAAGAACCGGAGAAACAGCCCACAGAGCAAGCAUCCCCACGGGAGAAGAAAGGAAAGAAGAGGAAGAGUGUAAUAGAAACCCCAGUCCCGGUCAAGAAGAAGACUGCACUGAAAUCACAGACUGAGUGUUUUAUGGCUCAGGAGAAGAAAGAGGAUGAAGGAGAAAAAAAGCCCAAGAAAAAGAGAAAGAAGAAGAAGAAGACGAUCACAGACGUCCUCGCCACCUCGGACCCCAAACCAGGCUCUCCAGUUGACCUGCAGAGCCUGGUUCUAGAACACUUCAAAGACAAACGCUCCGUCAUCGAGCUGGAGGAGCUCAAACUACAGGAGUCCUGCUUCGUGAGGAGUAAUGACCUCACACACAGCCUCUCCUCCUACCUGAAAGAAAUUUGUCCCAAAUGGGCUAAGGUCCAGAAGCAGCACACAGAGAAGAGUUCUGUGGUUCUGCUCAUCGUCUGUAGCGCCGCGCUAAGAGUCAUCGAGCUCAUCAAACAGUUAACCACCUUCAAGGGAGAGGCCAAAGUGCUGAAGCUGUUUGCAAAGCACAUCAAGGUAGAGGAGCAGGUGAAGCUCCUACAGACGGGGGUGACACACAUUGGGGUGGGGACGCCAGGGAGACUGAGCGCCCUCAUUGAAAAAGAGGGUCUGACCCUGCCUCCCCUGCGUUUCCUGGUUCUGGACUGGAACUGGAGAGACCAGAAGCUUCGCAGGAUGGUGGAUGUCCCUGAGGUCAAAGGUGACUUGUUGAAGCUGCUGGAUAUGGGAAUCUUGAAAGGAUGUAGGGAAGGAAACGUGAAAGUGGGACUGUUCUGAUACAACCACACACCUAGUGCCAUAAUCUGCCAUUUUAUUCAAUUUUUUUCACCUUUAUUUAACCAGGUAGGCCAGUUGAGAACAAGAUCUCAUUUACAACUGCGACCUGGCCAAGAUAAAGCAAAGCAGUGCGACAAAAAACAACACAUGGACACAAGUUACACAUGGAAUAAAAUAAAGGGGUCUAGGCUGGGUAGCCUAGUGGUUAGAGCGUUGGACUAGUAACCGGAAGGUUGCGAGUUCAAACCCCCGAGCUGACAAGGUACAAAUCUGUCGUUCUGCCCCUGAACAGGCAGUUAACCCACUGUUCCCAGGCCGUCAUUGAAAAUAAGAAUUUGUUCUUAACUGACUUGCCUGGUUAAAUAAAGGUAAAAUAAAAUAAAAAAGUAUAGUCAAUAACAAUAGAAAAAUCUCUAUACAGUGAGUGCAAAUGGAGUAAGGAGUUAAGGCAAUAAAUAGGCCAUAGUAGCAAAGUAAUUAAAAUUUAGCAAAUUAACACUGGAGUGAGAGAUGUGCAGAUGAUGAUGUGCAAGUAGAAAUACUGGUGUGCAAAAGAGCAAAUAAAAACAAUAUGGGGAUGAGGUAGGUAGAUUGGAUGGGCUAUUUACAGAUGGGCUGUGUACAGCUGCAGCAAUUGGUGAGCUGCUCAGAUUGCUGAUGCCAUAUACUGAGAUACAAACACACACCUAGUGCCAUACUCUGCUAUAUACUGACAUACAAACACACACCCAACCAAGUCAGACUGGACCUCUUCUCAUCAUGUUCUUGUUCACACGCGUGCACAAACACUCACAUGCAACAAAGUUUAUUAGGGCCCCUCAAACCAAUCCUGUCUCCAUAACAGACCGACUGCUGGACAUUUCAACCAUCUACCCUAUCCUGUUUUUACCCUCUCUCUGUGACACUGUGUUCUUGUUCUAUUUUAAGUGACAUGUAAAAUAUCUGAUAUGGUUUAUACAGUGUUGUAGUUCAACAAUAACACAGCACAACUGUGUGAUGGUUUGAAUAAAGAUAUUUGAAUGGAA